AAGGUGGAGUUGAAGAAGGAGCCACUGAGAUGGACAAGAAGAAACGCAGUGCUUCCAGGAAGGCUGUUGUGGAGGGCAAGAAUGGUCGUGGUCGGCCCUCGGUGACCCCGGCUGUGGCCAGUGGCAAGGAUGGCUCGCGCCUGGGUCAGCAUGCCGCCACUGGUUCUGCCAGCGCAGCGGCAAGGACAAAGUCGAGUCACAAGGCAAAGGCCUCGGGCAAGGGCAAAGGCAAGGCUGCGACUGUGACUGCCGCAGCUCCCACUGUCGCCAAGGUCAAGGCAAAGUCCAAGGCAAAGUCCAAGGACAAGAGCCGCAACAAGUCGGCCGCUGCUCGAAGCACAGCUCGAGCGCAGCAGCCUGUCGCAGCGGGUGCGCCUGGUGGCACCCGUGCUGCCAAUGGCCGUCUUGCUGUUGCGGGUCAUGUCAAGGGCUCGGAUCGGUCUGCAGGAAAGGUUGGCAGACUAUCGCCUGCAGCUGCGGCCGCGCCUCGCGAAUCGGUGGCGGUAAGCACGGGCAAGAGCAAGGGCAGAGGCAAGGGCAAGGGCCAAGGCAAGUUCAAGAAGAAGGGCAAGCAGAGGAAGCACAAGAAGAAGUCAUCCUCUUCUUCCUCCUCCUCCUCCUCGUCCUCCUCGUACUCGUACUCGUCAUCGUCGUACUCGACGCUCUACUCGUACUCGCUGCCGUCGUGGAGCCCAGUCGAUGCGUCGGCCAUGUACUACGCCAAUCCUCGGGCAGGCUCACGGCGCGGCUCACAACGACAGCUCUCCACUAUCGAGUUCCUUGGUCAGAUCCUCGGCUCAUCGUCGUCAUCGGGCGAAGAGUACAAUUCGGUCAUUGUCAUUCCGCCGCGUGGCUCGACCCGCGGGAUCUUCUCGUUCUUUGACUUUGUGCAGAGUCGCAACGUCUCCCACCUUGGCUCUGUCCCGCCGCCGCCGCCGCCUAUCCAGUACGGGGCGCACUCUUAUGGUGGCGGCUUUGCUACCGGUGGCUCAACCUCUGCCAACACCGCUUUUGGCGGACUGCAGCUCCGACGCUCGGCCUCGUUUGACGCACUGGGCGCCAGCGGCUCGUACGGCUCGUUUGCUUGGCAACCGGAAAUCCGGUCGUUCUCGUACGACUCAUCCAACUCGGACCCAAGCCCGCAUGCAGCUGCCCCAUAUGGCAUGUUCCACCGCUCGGCGCUCCUGCGCUCGGUCUCGACCUCGUCAACCUCGUUGUCGUCUGACACCACUGCGUCGUCGUCGUCAUCGUCGUCGUCACAAAGCCCGUCGCCUGCCCACGCUCGCGCCCGUGCAAGGACAAAGUCAAAGACCAAGUCGAAGGCCAAGGCCAAGUCGAAGGCCAAGGCCAACAACACCGUCGACAACGCUUCACCUGCGCUCACCUCGGCACCGGCGCCAGUAUCGGCAUCGGCACCCGCCCCCUCAUCCGCCCCUGCUCGAACUGCGGAGACUCCUGACCAACGAAAGUCCAAGGGCAAGUCCAAGGGCAAGUCCAAGGGCAAGUCCAAGGGCAAGUCCAAGCCGGUCUCUUGCGACCUCAUCGUCCUCAUCGUCGUCCUCCUCUUCGUCUUCAUCUUCUUCAUCUUCGUCAUUGUCGUACUCCUCUUCACCAACGUCACUCUCGUCAAGUAUGUCCACCAUCUCCAGCUCAUUACCGCUGGGCUCGUCAACGAGCUCAAGCUCGAGCUCGGGCACCGUCCGCUGGUCGACCUUGUCCGCGAAGCAGCGACUGGCAAGGGCCUGGUCUCGGACUCGUUUGACAACUCGACGCCAUCUCUGCCGUCCGAGGCCUCCGCCAUGUACCUGCGGAUGUUGCCAACCAACUCGCUUGGGCUCGGCGCUAUCCACUCGCGCGGCUUUGCCGAGACUGCAGAAGGCGCGCCGGGCCCCAACGCCGUCCGGACCGCCCGCGGCGCCGACGUGCUUGUCGAGGGCGGAGCGGUGACCAAGAAGAAGGUCAAGGCCGCCGAGGGUCAAUUCAAGGGCUCCAAGAGCCGCGAGCCGCGGGUCCGGUCGGUGGCGCUGGUCGGCCUCCCAGUCUCGCGCGGUGGGUAUCUGGUUGUCUCGGCUGUGUACGUCAACUGCGAGCGCAAGAGCUGCAUCUUUGCCUGGUCACGAUCGAAGGACGGUGAAAAGUGGACCCGCAUCUCCGACUCGAACACCCACGUCUAUCACCUGACCAAAGCCGACGCCGGCAAGCUCGUCCGGGUCCGCAUCUCGCCCGUCAACGACCACGACCGAGCAGGCAAGCCUGCCACCGCCAUCCUCUCCAAGCCAGUGCAGGACUCGGCUGUGCCCGAGGGCCGCUACCCCAUCAUCCUGCACGGCCCCAAGGGCCGAGCCGACGCCGCAGAGCUAGUCGUUGGUAUCUCCGGCUUUGGCAUCAUCCAUGCCGGCAAGACCACUGCUCGCAUCCGCCACUCGAUGGAGACCGGAGCUGUAGCAGACUCUGUCUCUCCCACCAUGCUUCAUCUCAAUCUCUCCGCCAAGCACCGGGUCCGAGUCGACACCCUCCUGGCCUCGGUCCGCUCCAUCGUCCUCUACCAUAUGAACCGCCACCUCCCAGUCGGCGUCCACGUUGCCCAGCCGGAAGAGUCGUGGGCCUCGCUCCUCCGCAUCUCCAACGAGAGUAACCUAGUCGUCUUCCUCUUCAACGACGCCCUCGCCGCCAGGCUGGAAAAGUACACCCAGUUCCUCGACGACGUCCGCCGCUCUGCCUCACUCCGCAAGCGCGCCCGCUUUGUCUUUGUCGACGCGCCGCGCUGCGUCGACAUGGUCAAGAACGCCGGCGUCACCAAGCUCCCGGCCUUUGUCCUCUACCGCAACCAGAAGUGCCUCAACCGCAAGCGCAAGCACCAGAUCUUCAACUCGGCCGAUGAUCUUGCCGCCGUCAUCAAGAAGUACUCAAAGUGACACUGUGUC